AUGGCUUCGCAAUUGCCAUUCACGAUGCGGCGCACUGCCGCCAGUAUCUCCUCAGCCGCCAUCAAGUCCCCUGCCCGGCAAACCAUCUCGGCUACCCAGGUCUUCCAACGCCGAUGCCUCUCCGCAACCACCCGCGGACUCGGGUCCGUCUUGCAGCGACGUGGUACGCUCGCAGCAGGAUCGCACAGCUACAAGCCCCAAUCACAGUACGCAUCGCAGCUCCAGAACCAGGUGCGCCGGUUCACCGAUGAGUCGACGCCGAGUCUGCGUGAAUGGGGAUUCGAGGACAUAAAAACCUCACUCCCCUCCGACUCCGUCUCUCCGUCCCAUAAGCCCGUCAUCCUAAUCGACGUCCGCGAACCCGCCGAGCUGAAAGGAACGGGCAUCAUCCCUUCCGCCAUUAACAUCCCGCUCGCUUCCCAGCCCGAUGCUAUGUACUUGACUGCUGACGAGUUCGAGGAUCGCUUUGGAUUCCCCAAGCCGCAGGCUGAUGCGGAUGGUACCCUCGUGUUCUACUGUAAGGCGGGCGUGCGGGCUCAUACUGCGGCGCAGUUGGCUGUGCAGGCGGGGUAUAAUCCGGACAAGAUUGGAGUUUAUGACGGGAGUUGGUUGGACUGGGAAGCAAAGGGGGGAAAGGUUGAGAAGUGGGAGGGGGAUGAUUUCUAG